UUUAUAUUCGUGGGGCGUCCUCGUCUGUUCGCGCUCUCUCCCAAAGAAAACAAGCACGGCCCGCACCUCUGUCAAAAAAGCAGUUUCAGACAAAUUAAAGCCCAGACAAGAAGUGCGUGUGUUUUUAUUCCGAUGAGGAUAUUAUUAAAUGGGGUUCUAGAGCUCAUUUCUGCCGCGGUGGAUUUGGAAGCGGAUUUAUUUUAUCUGGGAUCUUGUCAUUGGAGCAAAGGAAUACAGCAGAGACAGCAAAUCCAAUCGGAUUGACAGGUUCUUCAUCAGGAUGUUGCAGUGAUUGAGGUGAAACAUCUGGUCAUGAUGAUGUGGAGUUUUGGGAACCCGACCUGUAUAAGUCAGGCCAACUGUUACAGCAAUGCCUCCAAAGACUACUGCUACUCAGCCCGGAUCCGCAGUACCGUGCUGCAGGGCCUGCCCUUCGGAGGGGUUCCCACUGUCCUCGCGCUGGACUUUAUGUGCUUCCUGGUUCUUCUUUUUGUCUUCUCCAUCUUGCGGAAAGUGGCAUGGGAUUACGGCCGUCUGGCCCUGGUGACUGAUGCUGACAGUAGGAGGAAGGAACGGAGUAACUAUGAGCCUGUACGCAGUGUGGCUUCAGCCCUUCAUUCUGAAACGCCGGACCGAUAUGAACGUCUCACCUCCGUUUCCAGCUCGGUAGAUUUCGAACAGCGAGAUAAUGGCUUCUGUUCCUGGUUGACGGCCAUAUUCAGAAUAAAGGACGAGGAGAUCCGGGAGAAGUGUGGUGAAGAUGCCGUUCAUUACCUGUCGUUCCAGCGGCACAUCAUCGGUCUGCUGGUUGUGGUGGGUGUGCUGUCGGUGGGCAUCGUUCUGCCGGUCAACUUCUCAGGCAACCUGCUGGAAAAUAACGCAUACAGCUUUGGACGCACAACAAUCGCCAACUUGAAUUCUGGAAAUAACCUUUUAUGGCUGCACACAUCAUUUGCCUUCAUGUACCUGCUCCUCACCGUCUACAGCAUGAGACGCCACACGUCCAAGAUGCACUACAAAGAAGAUGAUCUGGUCAAACGCACUUUAUUUAUCAACGGCAUCUCCAAAUAUGCAGAAGAAAGCCAUAUAAAACAGCACUUUGAACAGGCGUAUGAGAACUGUGUCGUACUGGAAGCGCGUGUUUGUUACAAUGUGGCCAAACUGAUGUCCCUCAACGCCGAGAGGAAGAAGACUGAACGCAGUAAGAAGUUUUUCACGGAUCUGAUGGCUAAGGAGAACAUGCCUGCCAUGAUUAACCCCAAGCCCUGCGGUCACCUGUGCUGCUGCGCCAUUACAGGCUGUGAAGAGGAGGAGGCUGUGAGUUAUUACACCAAACUGGAGGCCAAACUGAAAGAGGAGUACAGGAAGGAGAAGGAGAAAGUCAACACCAAACCGCUGGGCAUGGUGUUCGUCACCUUCCAGAACGAGGCCAUGACGGCAAUCAUCCUGAAGGACUUUAACGCGUGUCAGUGUCAGGGCUGUAAGUGUCGUCAGGAGCUGCGUACCUCUCAGUUCAGUGACAGUCUUCAUGUCUAUGACUGGAGCGUCAGCUACGCGCCGGACCCCCAAAACGUGCGCUGGGAGAAUCUGUCUUUGGGAGGAGUUUCCUGGUGGCUUCGCUGCUUCAUCAUUAACUGCAUCCUCUUCCUCCUCCUCUUCUUCCUCACCACCCCGGCCAUCAUCAUCUCCACUAUGGACAAGUUCAACGUCACCAAGCCUGUGGAGUAUCUGAACAACCCCAUCAUCACCCAGUUUUUCCCCACGCUGCUCCUGUGGGCCUUCUCCGCCCUGCUGCCCACCAUCGUCUACUACUCCGCCUUCUUUGAAGCCCACUGGACCAGGUCGGGCGAGAACAGGACCACCAUGCACAAGUGCUACACUUUCCUGAUCUUCAUGGUUCUCCUGCUGCCUUCUCUGGGUCUCAGCAGUUUGGACGUUUUCUUCCGCUGGCUGUUUGACAAAAAAUUCCUGGCUGAAGCCACCGUCAGAUUUGAGUGUGUCUUCCUCCCUGAUAAUGGAGCGUUUUUUGUGAAUUACGUCAUCACGUCGGCGUUCAUCGGAAACGCCAUGGAUCUGCUGCGGAUUCCAGGUCUGCUCAUGUACAUGAUCCGGCUGUGUUUGGCUCGCUCGGCUGCGGAGAGACGCAACGUCAAACGGCAUCAAGCCUAUGAGUUUCAGUUUGGAGCUGCCUACGCCUGGAUGAUGUGCGUUUUCACCGUCGUUAUGACGUACAGCAUCACCUGCCCAAUCAUCGUCCCCUUCGGACUGAUGUACAUGCUCCUGAAGCACCUGGUGGACCGGUACAACAUGUACUACGCUUACCUGCCCUCCAAACUCGACAAGAAGAUCCACUCGGGAGCCGUCAAUCAGGUGGUGGCUGCACCAAUCCUGUGCCUCUUCUGGCUGCUGUUCUUCUCCACCAUGCGGACAGGGUUUUUGACCCCGACGUCCAUGUUUACCUUCGUGGUGCUCAUCAUCACCAUCGUGGUCUGCCUGUCGCACGUGUGCUUCGGUCACUUCAAGUACCUCAGCGCGCACAACUACAAGGUACGGGUUGCAGUACUGCAGAUCGACACCAAGGACACGGAGAUCGACGGAGUGGAGAACGGACGUCCUGCUAGAUCCUCACCCUCCAACAAAUCUCAGCAGCAGAUGUACAUCGCCCAGGUCCUGCAGGACCCAAACUCUGACGAGACCGGAGCAGGCAGCGGAGAGUCCUCGCAGGACGAGGAGAUGAUCAACGCCGGGAGCAGCCUAAACGAGGCCGACUUCCAGUCCGGAGAGGACAGUCUCAUCGCCAACGAGGUCCACCAGUAACCACAGCCGAGAGAAUGACAAAGACCCCAUCGCAAGGCCUUCAUCCGCACAUGUCUGUUUGUCCCCAUCGAACGCUGUGAACCGGCUCCAAACAUCAGCACCUUAGAAACCCAAAACACUCAGACUGUACAUAAGCACACGCUCCAAUGCUUACAAACCAUUUCGUACAUGUGCAUGAACACAUCGGCGACUGCUCGUUUGGAAGCUCAAAUCCCGGAUUUCCCUUUUCGAAAAAAUUCCAAGUUUGGAUAAAAAAAAAAAAACGCCUCAGGAAAUGGAAUAACGGAUGGGAAAAUGUCCUGUUUUCGUCGCGCUUUUUCUCCCAUGGUUCGCCUUAACAGCGAUAGUAUUGCCGGAUUUAUUUGCUCGCUUUUUCGUGUUCUUUGCCUAAACGAUUGGAUCUGGCAUUCCAAAGGAAAGGUGCAAUAGCGAGAGCGUAUCGUCAGAAUUCGGCUUGAAAUCCAUCGGCUUUAGACUGCGUUCACCGUACAGAACACUGACAGACUGACUGAAUCUCCUGUCGCCGCCAUUGAAACCACUACGGCGAUGGCAUUCUUGAGUUCCUCGCGCUCCGAUUUAAACUUCUCCCCGAUGUACAGUAUUUCCAGAGACGCGCUGUGUGUUUGUGUUGUCACUGAAUGACCCAUAUUCUUACGUUUUUGUUUUGUUUUGGUAUUUUUAACGCUAUUUUUGCCUUUAACGGAUGUGUUUGUAUGCCUGCAACAGAGUACUGACAUUCCCGUCUUUGUAGCGCAGUAGAAACCGCUCGCCGCUCAUAACGUGACCUUAUGGACUAGAUGCAAAACAGCGAUGGAGAAUCAACGAUUCGAGGCGUUUGAGAAGAUUCAUGGUUAACCAAAUGCGUCUGAUCGGGAAACUGCCAAUUCAGAUCUUAGUUUAGAAACCGAAUCCCUGUAGUUUGGAUAGUGUAAACGAGGACAGCUAAUGAAAAACGGGCUCUUGUUUGGUGCCUGCUUUUGUACGAAAUGUUUUGGGAGGAAUCUGGCGUCGGAAAUGCGUUUAGUUACGAACGACUGACUGAGUUUUUGUUUUUUCUAGUUGUGUAGUUAAACCUGGUGAGAUUGAUCUAAUCCAAGUACUAAUAUUAAGAGAAAUGUAGCCGUCACAUGAAGCAUCUGACUGUCGAUACGCAGCAGCAACAAACGGCGUUGCUUCAGUUUUAGUGAGCUAGAUGAGAAAUAAUAACGGCUUGUAGCGAAAAACCACCACUGAAGACUCAUCGCUAGAGAUCUGAUCCGGUUGUGAUGAACCCCAAGCUGAGAUAACCCUUAAUUCUAAUUCAUAAAAGAAAAUGACCAAGUGAAGAAUUAUCAUGCUUAACUUGAGGGUUUUGUUACAACCGGUCUCCAUUAUAUCUGUCUUAAAGAAAUAGUUCACCCAAAAAUUUAAUUUGGUUACCAAGUCCUCACCCU